CGGGUCAUGUGAUGGGGUGUGUUCCCACGCCCACUCCGCUCGGGCCGGGAUGGAGGCGGGAGCGGGGCCGGUACCGGGGUCCGGGCGCUGGGCCGCGGGUACUUGCGUGCUGACCGGCGCCUCCCGGGGCUUCGGGCGCAGCCUGGCGCGGCUGCUGGCUCCGCGGCUGGGCGAGGGCUCGGUGCUGCUGCUGCUGGCGCGCUCGGCGGCUCCGCUGGCCGAGCUGGCGGCCGAGCUGCGGGGCAGCGUCUCCGGGCUGCGGGUGGAGUGCGUGGUCGCCGACCUGGGCUGCGAGCAGGGGCUGGGCCGGGCGGUUGCUGCUCUCCGGGAGGUGCUGCCCGCUGCUCCACCCGGCCGCCUGCUCCUCGUCAACAACGCCGGCUCCCUGGGAGACAUCUCCAAAUCCUUCCUCGAUCUCACCGACCCAGGUGAGAUCAACAGCUACUUUGCUUUCAACGUCACCUCGGCGCUUUGCCUGACCUCGGUCGCGCUGCGAGCCUUUGGCGAGCGGCCCGGCUCCAGCAGGACGGUGGUGAACGUCUCCUCGCUCUGCGCCAUGAAGCCCUUCAAGAACUGGGCUCUGUACUGCAGUGGCAAGGCCGCCCGGGACAUGAUGUUCCAGGUGCUGGCACUCGAGGAGCCUGAUGUCCGUGUGCUCAACUACGCCCCAGGUCCUCUGGACACGGACAUGCAGCUCUUGGCCCGGACUAAGACCGCGGACCCUGAGAUGCGUCAGUAUUUCCAAUGCCUGCAGGAGAACGGGAAGCUGAUAGACUGCACCGUGUCAGCCCAGAAGCUGGUGAAUCUCCUGGAAGAAGACACCUUCUGCUCCGGCACCCACGUGGAUUUCUACGACAUCUGAGUUACUCUCGCCUCCACCCUUCAUGCAUUGCUUUCUGCUUCUGUCCCUCGAGCUGUGUCUUGGGUGCCUUCUGCUCCCUCCAGCGUGUUUGGUAACCACGUUUGAAUCCUGGGUGCUGUGCGGCUUUCAAGAGGAGACCUUUGGGUGCCUUAUAAAUAAUCCUAGUGCCCUGGUGGGGAGAAUUUACUGCUUCACUGGGCUCUGUUGGUCACCUGCCAGCAGGAAUGAGGAUUCCUCAGCUGCCGGGGAUCAUAGAAUCACAGAACAGUUGGGGUUGAAGGGACCUUCAGAUCUCGCCCAGUGCCCCCCCUGCCAUGAGCAGGGACAUCUUCACCAGCUCAGGUUGCUCAGAGCCCCGUCCAGCCUGGCCUGGGAUGUCUCCAGGGAUGGUUCAUCCACCACCUCUCUGCCCAACCUGGGCCAGGCUCUCACCACCCUCAGGGCCAACAAUUCCUUCCUCAUGUCCAGCCUGAAUCUCCCUCCUUUAGUUUAAAACCAUCACCCCUUGUCCUGUCGCAACAGGCCCUCCUCAAAAGUCUGUCCCCAUCUUUCUUAUCAACCCUUUUAAGUCUGGAAAGGCCACAAUAAGGUCUCCCUGGAGCUUCGCUUCUCUGGCUGAACACCCCAACUCUCUCAGCCUGUCCCCACAGCAGAGGUGGCUUUUCCAAGGGAAUGGGCACAGAAUUCUUAAAACUCUCUCCUGGGCAGGAGUUUGGGAGCCAAGGAGGCACCGAGGCACAUGGGGCCCGGUCAGAAAGCCACCCCAGAAGGUCUCAAAGGAUUAGGGUUAGAACUGAGUGUCCCUUUGUCUGUCCCCUUUGCCUCUUGGGAGCUGUGUGCUCAGCACCUGAGCAAGUCACCAAAGGGCAAAAGAGCCAUUCCCAGGUCUGGAGGUGGUGACUGUCACCCCAAAACCUGGACUGUCCAUCCCCCAUCUCCCCAGUGGCUUGUCCAGACUCUCCUGCAGUUCUGGGAUCAUCUCUUGGAGUUUUGUGCUUUAAGAUGUGGAGCAAAGGCUGUUCCUGUGUGUUUUGCACAAAAUGCACUAAGUGGCCAGGAGAGGGAGCUGGCCUUGCAGGAGAUGUGGCAACCUGGCUGCCUGGUGGGGGCCACCACCUCCUGUAAACCUGGGUUAGAGCACAUCGGAGCCCCAGCCAUCAGUUCAUGCCACGCUCCUGCUUGCAGGUUCUGGGUCCCAGCCUGGAGCUGGGGCUUCACCCCUCCUGGGCUGUUCUUUUAAUUAUUUGUGGGGGUUUAUCCUCAGUUUUUCAAUCCAUUCCAGAAGGCACAGGCGCUUAGAGACUUGUCUUCUAGAAAGCAGCGGAUGUGCAGCUGUGUUGAUGCUGCAGAGCUGCUUUGAAGUGCAGUGGCAUCCCCUGGGGCACCCAGGGUCCCUGUGUGCUCGGUGACAGCCGCCUUCCUGCGCUCCUCUGUCUCUAAUCUUUCACAUUUUGUCCAUCUGGAUCUACAAUCAUUAAAAGCUUCUGGUCUGGG